GAGCUUCUCGGAAAGUUUAAUCUCCCUGCACUGGUUGCUGACAGUGACAUAACCAUUGGUGGGCUGUUCCCCAUUCACUUCAGGGUGAUUGAACCGAAUCUUUCAUUUCAAGCUGCCCCCGAAUUGUCACGUUGUGAAGGUUUAAAUUUCAGAGCAUUCCGCUGGGUGCAAACCAUGAUCUUUACAAUAGAUGAAAUAAACAGAGACCCUCGACUUCUGCCAAACAUAACGCUGGGUUACAGGAUCUUUGACUCUUGCGACACACACUUCCAGGCUCUGCGAGCUGCCCUAACCAUCAACAAUGGUCAGGAAACCUCGGUGGCUGAUUAUGACUGUGCUCCUUCAAUGUAUGCAGUCAUUGGAGACUCGGGAUCUACCCAGUCCAUCGUGGUGACAAGGCUGCUUGGGCUAUUCGGCAUCCCGCUGGUUAGUUACUUUUCUACUUGUGCCUGUUUGAGCGACAAGCAAGAAUAUCCAGCAUUCCUCCGAACAGUGCCAAGUGAUUAUUAUCAAGUCAGAGCUUUGGCUCAACUUGUGAAGUAUUUUGGAUGGACUUGGGUUGGAACAAUUGCGGGCGAUGAUGACUAUGGACAUUAUGGCAUCCAAAUGUUCAGUGAACAAGUUAAGACAUUCGGAGUAUGUAUCGCUUUUUCUGAAAUAAUUCCAAAAAUAAAUUCCAAGAAAAAGGUGGUUGAGAUAGUGGAGAUGAUUGAAAAAUCUAGAGCAAAGGUUAUACUUGUCUUCGCUGUUGAACAGGACAUGGAACUAAUUGUCAAAGAAGCAAUACGACAAAAUAUUACUGGAGUCCAGUGGAUAGCGAGUGAGGCGUGGGUGACAUCCGCUCUGCUUUCGAGUCAAGACAAUUCUAUUUUGAUAGGUACCCUGGGAUUUGCACUUCGCAGGGCAGAAAUAUCAGGGCUUCAAGAAUUUCUUCAUAAGGUUCACCCUUUCAAAGCUCCUCAGAAUCCCAUUGUGACCGAGUUUUGGGAAACUUUAUUUCACUGCUAUUUGGGAAAUGACACAUCACAAAGCAAACCAUCAUGUACAGGAUUAGAGGAUUUAAAAACACAUGAAAAUAUAUAUUCUGAUGUAUCGCAACUCAGAGUAUCAUACAGUGUGUACAAAGGAGUCUAUGCUGUAGCUCAUGCCCUUCACCAUCUUUUUGCAUGUCAACCUGGACAAGAACUCAUUGUGAAUGACACUUGUCCAAACACUGUAAAUAUUGAACCGUGGCAGCUUUUGCAUCACCUCAAGCGCAUUAAAUUCACUGAUUCAUUUGGAAAUGAAAUACUCUUUGAUCCAAAUGGAGAUCCUAUUCCAUCUUAUGACUUAUUGAACUGGCAAAGGAAGGUGGACAGUUCUACUCAAUAUGAAACAGUGGGUCGAUAUGGGAGUGCUUUGGGUUCAUAUCAUGAACUGCAUGUAUAUGGACAAAGUAUUGUUUGGAAUAGUGGUAAGAAAAAGGUUCCACAGUCCCUGUGUAGUGUGAAUUGUCUAUCAGGAACAAGGAAAGCUGCGAGGGAAGGCCAGCCUAUUUGCUGCUUUGACUGUAUUCCAUGUGCAGAUGGGGAGAUCAGUAACACAACAGAUUCAGUGCAAUGUAUUAAAUGUGAUUUAGACUACUGGUCCAAUUCACAGAACAACCAAUGCAUAUUGAAGGAAAUAGAGUUCCUUUCAUUUGGAGAUGCAAUAGGAAUCUCAUUGGCAACAAUUGCCUUAUUGGGGACAGGGCUCACAAUCACCAUUGCAGCAGUUUUCACACAUUACAGAACAACUCCAGUUGUAAGGGCAAAUAAUUCAGAAUUAAGUUUCCUUAUUUUGUUUUCACUGGCUUUGUGUUUUAUGUGUUCACUUAUUUUUAUUGGUCAGCCUUCGGUCUGGUCCUGUAGUUUAUGCAACACACUUUCUGGCGUUAGUUUUGCUCUCUGUGUUUCCUGUAUUCUGGCAAAAACCAUUGUGGUGUUAAUGGCAUUCAAAGCAACAGGUCCAAAUACAAAUACCAUGAAAUGGUUUGGACCAAUGCAGCAAAGAGCGUUUAUAUUACUCUGCACGUGUAUACAGAUUUCAAUAUGUGUGUCAUGGUUAAUUACAUCACCACCUUUACCCGUAAAAAAUACAACAUAUCAAAGUGGAAAAAUUAUUCUGGAAUGUGCUAUUGGAUCAGUAAAGGCCUUUGCAGUUGUAUUAGGUUAUGUAUUUCUCUUAUCUUCUUUGUGUUUAGUGCUGGCCUAUUUUGCUCGCAAGCUACCUGAUAAUUUUAAUGAAGCUAAGUUUAUAACAUUCAGCAUGCUUAUUUUCUUUGCAGUUUGGAUAACAUUCAUCCCGGCUUAUGUAAGCACCCCUGGAAAAUAUACAGUAGCGGUGGAAAUAUUUGCUAUUUUGUCUUCAAGCUUUGGGCUUCUACUUUGCAUUUUUGCUCCUAAAUGUUACAUUAUUUUAUUUAAACCAGAGAGAAAUACUAAAAAGCACCUAAUGGGUACAAUGAUCACUGACAAAACAUCUUAG